AGACAUAAUAUUAACGACUUGAUAAUGAAUCUACUUGUUGAGCGGCAGCUCGGAACGAGCGAUUACGGAAGAGAUUCUGAGAAUCCGAUGGAGAUUCAAUUAAACAGUAAUAUCAAUUAUUUUUUCAAAACCAUGAUAAGGAAUCAACGUGACUGA